AUGGACAUCUUUUCGGUCCUUAAGAACGCGAUGGCCGGGAGUAUCACGGAUAUCGCUCUUGUCAUCGCCGUUGUGGUCUUUCUCACCAUUCUCGUGAACGUUCUUCAGCAAGUUCUUUUCAAAGGCCCGAACACGCCUCCUAUGGUGUUCCAUCUACUACCAGUGAUAGGAAGCACAGUCACCUAUGGCAUAGAUCCAUUCAAGUUUUUCUUUGACUGUCAGCGAAAGUAUGGCGAUGUGUACACUUUCAUCCUUCUUGGCAGGAAGGUGACUGUCUACCUAGGCAAACAUGGCAAUCAAUUCAUCUUAAAUGGCAAACUCAAAGAUGUGAAUGCCGAAGAAAUCUACUCGGUCCUGACGACACCAGUCUUCGGGAAGGAUGUUAUCUACGAUGUGCCUAAUGCGAAGUUCAUGGAGCAGAAAAAGUUGAUCAAAUAUGGUCUGGCUUCAGGUUCCCUACGGACAUAUGUAUCUUUGAUGGAGGAUGAGGUCCGUAGCUUCCUCAAACGGACGCCUGCUUUCAAGGGAUCUAGUGGCACGGUCAACUUACCUCCGCUGAUGGCUCAAAUCACCCUCUUCACUGCAUCUCGUUCCUUGCAAGGCAAAGAAGUCCGUCAAAAACUGGAUUCCACCUUUGCCGCAUAUUACAAGGCUUUGGAUGACGGAUUUCAACCAAUCAAUUUCAUGCUUCCCUGGUUUCCCCUUCCUCAAAACCGCAAACGCAACGCAGCUCAGCGAAAGAUGACCCAAGUAUAUACUAAGAUAAUCAACGAGCGGCGCAAAAGGGGCGACCCAAAGGACAGCGAAGACAUGAUCUGGAAUUUGAUGCAAUGCCGAUACAAGGAUGGCACACCUAUCCCAGACCACGAGAUUGCACACCUGAUGAUCGCCCUCCUAAUGGCUGGCCAGCAUUCAUCCUCAGUGACGAGCUCGUGGAUAAUGCUCCAUCUUGCCGCACAGCCAGAAAUGAUGGAAGAGCUCUAUCGAGAGCAACUACGCGUUCUUGGGAAUCCCGCAAACCUACUAACCUAUGAAAACAUCCAAGAGAUGCCCCUACUAAGGAACGUGAUCCGCGAAACCCUCCGCCUGCACCCUCCAAUCCACUCCAUAAUGCGCAAAGUCAAGAACCCGCUUCCCAUCGAAGGCACCACCUGGGUCGUCCCACCCUCCCAUGUCCUCCUCGCAGCUCCCGCUACAAUGGGGAAAGACGAUGCCUAUUUUCCGAACGCUGAUAUCUGGGAUCCUCACCGAUGGGAGAGCAUAGGCGAUCCAAUGGACCAGGAGAAGGAGAAGGCAGACUAUGGAUAUGGGGUUGUUCCCACCGGAGCAGAUAGUACGUACCUGCCGUUCGGGGCUGGAAGACACAGAUGCAUCGGCGAGCAUUUUGCGUUGCAGCAGUUGACGAUUGUUGCGUCUGUUAUGGUGAGGACGUUUAGGCUCAGGAAUGCGGAGGGGAAGAAGGGAGUUGUUACUACGGAUUAUUCGUCACUGUUCUCACGACCGAUGGAGCCGGCGGAGGUGAUGUGGGAGAGGCGUAGUGAGAAUUUUUCAAAGCAGGAUUUGCUUAACGGAUGCUGA